UACAAUGUUCUACUAGAACAAAUACACAACUGCAUUCAGUCGCUAAUAUCUUUCAACUGACAGAACACUGAAUCAAAUCGAGUUGUCUCUGUGAAGCAAAAUGGAACAUUUACGUGGCACAAACGUUGUGUUUGCAAUUGUAAUGGCAUUGUUGGUAGUACAGUCAUCUACACGACCACAACCAGACGAAAUGGAAGAAAUUAAAAAGACACUGUAUAAUGCAUGUUCAGAAAAAUUUCCACUUACGGAAGAAAUCAGGAAUAAUGCUAAAAAUGCAAUUAUUGCUGAUGACCAAAAUUUGAAAUGCUUUUUAAGGUGCUGCUUUGAUGAGAUGUCAUUGAUUGAUGAGGACGGUAUUAUCGACGGAGCGUCAUUGGUUUCAAUGGCAACAGACAAAAUAAAGCCAAUCGCACAAAAAGCAGUCGACGGUUGUCUAACAGCUGAUAAACAAGAUGGCUGUGAAGCUGCAUUCAAAUUUAUUAGCUGUGGUAUAAAGUUAGAUCCGUUGUCCAUUGAACUACUACCAUUAUAAUGAUACAGUUUGGAUUCAAUACACUCAUAAAUGGAUCCACGUAGUAAAACCAUUACAAUACCAAACACCAUUAAUACAUAGUACGACUUACUCGUCGACCAUUAUAUAAUACUAUAUGCAAUCAUGUUAACUAUAUCGAAUAUAAACUUGCACUUUGAAAAAUAAACAGCUUUGGCAUUGAUUA